AUAAACGCUGGAGAUUGUCUAGAACAAAGUCGUCGGUUAUUUUGUGUUGAGUAGAACAGCUCCGCGCUUGUUUAAUUCGUAAUUAGAAUUUCAAAUUGAAAUUGAAUCAAUACAAACCACAUCAACAACAACAGCAGCAGCUACCAUUUUUUAAACAACACAACAUAGUUUUGUGCAAAACAACUAGAUUUGGUAUUCCGGGCGUUAUUCCUAAUAAGUGGGGUGAAUAAACGUGUAAUUUCCUCAUUGCUCCUGCUACCGUUGUGGUCUAAUUUGGUGUUAGCCCAACGUCCUACCUCAACAUUGUCACCGCAGCCGUCUCAAACCGGAGCCAGCCAACUCAAACUUCAACUACCUCUCUCAGCGGAAAGUAUUAGCCGAAAUUUCACAACCAAAAUGCCAGAGAAACGUAUUGCCCCCACCAUUGAAUCAGCUGCUGAUUUUGAAUUGAAAUUGCCCGGAUUUUUGAACAAAAACAAAACACUCGCCCUGCUCUUGGACUACGAUGGCACACUCGCUCCCAUUGCCGAUAAUCCCAAGAAGACUGUUAUGCCCAUUGCCACUGAAGUCAUUCUCAACAAACUCGCCAAACAUCCCAACGUUUUCCUAGCUGUCAUAUCGGGCCGUGGCAUUCGCGAUGUUCAAGGUCGCGUUGGCAUCAAUGGCAUCAUGUAUGCCGGAAAUCAUGGCAUUGAAAUUGAAUCGGAAGAUGGCAGCAGACACGAUUACCAACUGCCCGUUGAGGUACAGGAGAACUAUACCCAUCUGGUUAAGGAAUUGAGGGCCAAUGUGGAAAAGAACAAUGCCUGGGUGGAGGAUAAGAGGGUAUCGUUGACCUACCACUAUCGUGACACACCCGUCGACAUUAAGGAAUCACAAAAGCAGGUGGCAAUUAAAAUUAUCGAAGCCCACGGUUUCAGAGCCAAUCAGGCGCACGAAGCCAUUGAAGCUAAGCCACCAGUAAACUGGCAUAAGGGAGAGGCUGCCCGCUUCAUUUUGAAGCACAAAUUUGGUGAAAACUGGGCCGAUGAAAUCAAGGUUAUAUUUGCCGGCGAUGACACCACCGACGAAGAUGCUAUGAGACUACUCCAAGGCCUCGGCAAGUCAUUUAGAAUAUCAACAGAUCCAGAAAUUCAAACCUUUGCUGACUUUAGAUUGGCACGUCAGGAUUUGGUCAGUGAUUUAUUGAAAUGGAUUUCCGAUGCCUAUGGCGUCUAAACAAGCUAUGCUAUUAUUUUUAUUAUUAAUAUUUACUACCAUUGUAUGUAAAGACCUCCCCUCCCCUUUAUCUGUAGUUUUAAGUGUUAUUCAAUUUAAUUUUCAUUCAUUUUGUUUUGUUUGUUUUAUUUUUUAAUGUACAACAACAAAAAAACCAACGACAACAAGAGAUUUUACGGGUACACAAAGAAUAUUGUUAACAAUCGUAAACACAGCACAUACAAACAUACAUACAUAUACAUAGAUAUUUUUAAUAUACUCAUGCAUCUUUAGUCUAUAGAAAUUAUAGUUAAAUAAACAAAAAUAUGUCGCCCCCCCCCCCCCCUUAUUUUCCGCAUCCUCCAACAAAAUAUUGCACAAAUCAAUUAUUUAAUAAAUGAAUAUUUGAAAAAGAAAUACCAUGAGAUUGUACAGAAUUUCUAUAUUUAGAGAGAGCCAGAUUUGAAACACUGUUAUUCGCGAUUCGAUGAAAAUAGAUGACAAACACUGUAGUCGUUUCGAACAACUUCCUUAAGUGCCAAAUUGCAGUCAUCAUUCAAAAUUCAAUCAUUCAAAAAUUAUAACCAGAAUCAGACUUGGCUCUAUAUUUCAAUUUAAGAAAUAUAGAAGACUAACAUGUUUUUUUUUAUCCAGUAGAGUGGGAACCAAUUUUUUACACCACCACAACAUGAUAUCAUUACAUUUCCCUUAAUUCAAAAAAAAUUAAAAUCGAUUUCGUUGCAAUUUUUGUUUUUUUGUGGCUAAUAAAACACACUGAAGAAAAUUUUGACGGAACGGGCUACAGAUAUUAUAUAUCAUUUGAUACAAACAAAAUGUACCUCAUCUAAAUAAAUGUUUUAGAUCCUAGGUCACUCUGACGAAAUUCGUUUCUGGAAAUUUGGAGUCGAUCUAACCAUGUA